CCCUCUUUCCAUGAUGACAAAUUUAGCUUCUCCAUUCUUCCAAGUUCCAUCUUCUCAAUUAUAUAACCAACCCUUCUUCCACCCUCUUAAACCAUUACAAGUUUUCUCAUCUUCAUAAGCUAAAUAAAAACUAGAUAAUCUUAACUCUUAACCAUGGUUCUUUCACAAAUUGACUAUUUUUUUGCGGAGGAGACAUCAACUUCUCCCUUGUUUGGUUUCAUAGACCUUUUCCUAGGUUUAACAUUUUUCAACAAAAUCCACAAGUUUUUCUCAAGUUUAUGGUUUUUCCUUUUCUGUCAACUUCAAUAUGGUAGCUCCUCAGAGGUAAGAGUGGAGAAGAAGGUUUCAGAAUCCAAUGAGCCAAAUGCUGGGAGAGAAAGUGGUGAGAUGAUAGAAAGAGAUGAAGUGAAAAUGGUGAUGGAAAGAAUGGGAUUUUUUUGCAGCUCAGAAAGUGAGGAACUUGAUGAAAAGUAUGGUUCCAAGGAGCUUUGUCAAGUGUUUGAGGAGAAUGAGCCAAGCUUGGUGGAAGUGAAGCAAGCUUUCGAUGUUUUUGAUGAGAAUAAAGAUGGUUUUAUUGAUGCAAUGGAGUUGCAAAGAGUUCUUGUUAUUUUGGGAUUGAAACAAGGAUCAGAGUUUGAGAACUGUGAAAAGAUGAUCAAGAGAUUCGAUGAGAAUCAAGAUGGAAGAAUUGAUUUCAUUGAAUUUGUAAAUAUUAUGAGAAACCAGUUCUGCUGAUUUGUUUGUUCCUUUGUUUAAGGAUGUUCAUUAAUAUAAUAUAAUAUUAUAUAAUGAUUUUAGACGAAUAA